CAACACAUGACAACAUAACCGCCAAUUGUCUUUUUGAUUUCUAACCUUAUUCUUAUCGGCGUCCAAACUUGCUUCUUCAAUUCAAGUUAUUGUAGUCCCAAACAUUUAUUCAGUUUCAUUUUCGUGGAGUUUUUGCUAUCAAUAAUUCAAGAUGUCAGCGGCAAUGCCAAUAAACCCCAAACCCUUCCUGAACAGUCUCACAGGCAAAGCUGUGCUGGUGAAGCUAAAGUGGGGCCAUGAGUAUAAAGGAUACCUGGUGUCUGUAGAUGGUUAUAUGAACUUGCAACUGGCCAAUUGCGAUGAAUAUAUUGACGGAGCAGUUACAGGAAAUUUGGGAGAAGUACUCAUUAGAUGUAACAAUGUCUUAUUUAUAAGAGGCGCAGAAGAAGAAGAUGAAGAAGGCGAAACGAGAGACUAGAGUUAAAUUUACUGUAUAUAUAAUUUACAACUUAAAUCUAAGUUUUGUAACAUUAGGUGUAAUUUUAGAAUGACUGUUUUUCUAAUUUAAUACAUCUUCAUUGACAUA